UUGCUUUGAGCUCGGUCCAGUGUCAUUGCUUAGUUGAAUAUUUUCUCGGCAUCAGAACAAUUUUAGGUUUCCAAAUUCGUUACUUUUAGGCCUUCUACACGGUAUUAAUUUGUACAAAAAAUAUAUUCCAGUCAAUUUUUGGACUAUUUGGUAGCAGGGAAAUGUCUAGCAAUUUUGGGCCAGGACCAGCCGCUUACAUGCUGCCCAGCCAGUUCGACAAGGGGGCGGGCCGUGGGCCGCAGUACUCCUUCGGCCGUCGGACGGGAAAAAAAACAAUCGACGUAGUCGGGCCUGGACCUGCCGCCUACAAGGUCGACAAUGUCACUCGCCAUGGCAGGUCGGAUGGGCUGCAGUUUUCGAUAUUGCGGAGGAGACCCAUAAAGCCCGCCAAAAUAAGAUACGAUUUUGAUUGAAUCUGUACCAUUUCGACUGCAAUUAAAGCUAAACAACCUGUCAACCAA